AACCCUGCCCCCUAUCAGCGUCCAUUUUGGGGAAAGCAGGAAGUUGUCUUGUGGGGGGAAACCUCAUGACAAACAUAACUGAGCUUCUUAAAUAUCCACUGAUAUAUACAUCGUGAUAUCUUUUUGUUUGAAUGAUUGUUGGGUGUAUUUGUUGCUCGUUUAUAGGCGGAUCUGACCGUUUAUUUUGCAGUUGUGUUGAGUGUCAAACUUCACGCGCGCGUAGCAGAGGUCGCGACGACAACCGGAGUCCUAAAUAAAACCAGCAGGUCAGAAUGGCGGAUGACUUCGAUGUUGAGGCCAUGCUGGAAGCUCCUUAUAAGAAGGGUGAAAGCAAGUCUUCUAGCGCCAAUGGUCAUAAUGAGGAACGCAGCAAAAAGAAAAGACGCAGCAACAGUCGUAGUCCGAGUCCAGGCCGCCGGAGGAGUAGAAGUGGAGGGCGCAAGAAGAGCCGAGAACGACGCAAGAGCCGCAGCCGUGAGCGAAGACGUUCACGAAGCAAAGAGCGCAAACGUUCAAGAUCCCGCAGCAAGGAUCGUGGUGGACGUUAUCGUGGACGCAAAAGCCCCUUUAUGGGGCCGAAAUUAAAUGGUGGUCCCGGAGGGAAGACCGGCCCACAACAUUUCACCAAACACAGUCGCAGGCGCUCUCGGAGCAAAAGCCCGUUUAAGAAGGACAAAAGCCCCGUCAGGCAACCGAUAGAUAAUCUAAGCCCAGAAGAGAGAGACGCCCGUACAGUGUUCUGCAUGCAGCUCGCUGCCAGAAUUAGACCCAGAGAUCUGGAAGAAUUCUUCUCUGCAGUGGGAAAAGUCCGUGACGUGAGGAUGAUCUCAGAUAGAAACUCUCGGAGGUCAAAGGGCAUUGCCUACAUUGAGUUUGUGGAGGCCACAUCAGUACCGCUGGCAAUCGGCCUGACGGGGCAGAGAGUUCUGGGAGUACCUAUCAUAGUCCAGGCCUCGCAGGCUGAGAAGAACAGGGCUGCAGCCAUGGCCAGCAUGCUUCAGAGAGGUGGUGCAGGGCCCAUGCGGCUGUACGUUGGCUCCCUGCACUUCAAUAUAACUGAGGACAUGCUCAGGGGCAUUUUUGAGCCAUUUGGAAAGAUUGAGGGCAUCCAGCUAAUGAUGGACAGUGAGACGGGCAGGUCGAAAGGAUACGGCUUCAUAUCAUUUGCAGAUGCAGAAUGUGCUAAAAAAGCCCUGGAGCAGCUAAAUGGUUUUGAGCUUGCAGGGCGGCCAAUGAAGGUGGGUCAUGUUACCGAGCGUUCGGAUGCCUCAUCGGCCAGCUCCUUCUUGGACAACGAUGAGCUGGAGAGAACUGGCAUUGACUUGGGCACGACGGGUCGCCUUCAGCUGAUGGCAAGACUCGCAGAAGGCACAGGACUGCAGAUUCCUGCCGCUGCCAAGCAGGCUUUACAGAUGAGUGGUUCUGUGGCGUUUGGAAAUCUGGCAAAUGCCUCAGCCGCACCUCCUCUUAUUCCCAAUCCGGGGAUGAACCAAGCUAUGAACCUUCCAACCCAGCCUCUGGCCACACACUGUUUACAGCUCUCCAACAUGUUCAGUCCACAGACGGAAAACGAACCUGGCUGGGACAUGGAGAUACGGGAUGAUGUCAUCGAGGAGUGCAAAAAACACGGAGGAGUUGUUCACAUAUACGUUGACAAGAACUCUGCUCAAGGAAAUGUUUAUGUAAAAUGUCCAACCAUCCCAGUAGCAAUGGCUGUUGUCAGCGCUCUGCACGGGCGGUGGUUUGCAGGUAAAAUGAUCACAGCUGCCUACGUGCCCCUCCCUACAUACCAUAACCUGUUUCCAGACGCUGCCACAGCCACGGAGCUCCUGAGGCCCAUGCACCGGUGAUCCAGCCCAUCGCUUUGGCUCGGACCCCUGCCACCCACUGACCCUGCUUCAUCUGGAACCCCAAUGCAUCCGUACUCCUUCCCAAUUGAACUGCUGUGGGCCUGAGACAGUCCUGUCACUGAGGGCCACUUAAUGUAUGAAGUUAGAUUUCACAGUUGGACAGCAUUUUCAGUCUCGUAAUGGCAAAAGCAAACUUCAGACCAGCUCUCAGCUUUAUGUACAGUGGUAUAUUGAUAAGUGAAAACCUGUAACAUCCGUCACCCUCUCUAGAUGAGUUCUUGACUCUUGAAAACCAGUUUUGAAGAUUCUGGGGGUUUUUUUAAAGUUAUUUGACCGUCUUUCUCUUUGUUUUUGUAAGGAUAGAAAGGUUUCUUCAGCUGUUUGGUCGUCAAGUCAAGGAAAAUUUUCACUGUCUUCAUCUUUUCAAGACAGACAUUGUGUUGUGAGCUAUUGGUUCAUUUUUCAUUCUGGUUCUUCACUUUUAAGCAACAAAAGACAACCAAAAAAAUGUUUUUUUUUUUUUUGUUUGUUUUUUUUUUUUUUCUUCUGGAGAGUCUACUCGAGCUGUUUAGCUUUCUAAAACAUUGAAUUUAUAACUUUUCAUAAUCAAGAAUUGAUUUUUCUAAAAUCUUCUACGAUUAAAAGACUUUCACAACACUGUGUAAAA